AUGGUGGGUGGCUCUUCAAUUUGGGUGUUAGUUGUGUUGUCGUUUCUGGCUAUGAAUGGUGCAAAUGCCAUUUUUUGCCAAGAGACAGUGGCUCGGAUGUUGCCUUGCCAAGGUUUCUUGAUGGGAAUAGGUCAGAUCACUGAUCCAUGUUGCCAGAGUGCUCAAAGUUUGAUUGAAAUUGCGAAAACGACGCCUGAAGAACGAACAUCUGUGUGCCAAUGCUUAAAGCAGGCUGUAGUUAUGAUGGGGAUAAACGUAACUAAAGCUCAAGAGAUUCCACAACUUUGUCAUAUGGAUCUUGAUGCGGGUUUGAUCGAUCCUAAUGUUGAUUGCAACAAAUUAAACGAGGCACCGACUCCAAGAAGCUCAAGUGUCGAGAGGAAACUCGAGUCGGUUGGUUCACGACCAUAUAAGCUCGACCAUAUUCAGAUACCAAUAACUUCUCGAGCGCAAACU